AUGGACAUGUUGUCACCUGACCAGUACACCUUCUACUACUUGCGAAGGCAAUCCUACUCAGCAUUAGUGACCUUGGAUGCUGUGGGAGGUUCUAGUCCGCAGACUUUCACAUGUCCUCUGAGCAAGUGUGUCUGUGAAGGUUGUUCUGGUUCCCUCAUCUACCAUUUGUCCGUCGAUGCCGUGCUGUACGAUUUAGAUGGCCCUCGAAAAAUCGUCCACGCGCAGAAGAACUGUACUUCCCGUUCUUGCCGGGCUUCUUAUGGCUACAACUAUCGCUGGGAAGCAGGCAAGAAGGUGAACGUCCUUGGCAUGAAGGAUUUUCAGGACAACAUUCUGUUUGUGAACUCGAAGAAGGCCUUUUCUUUGAAAUACAUCCAGUAUCAUGAAGAACUUCUGUUCCGUGGUCAUCUCUCAAGUGCUGCUGUGUCGUGCGCUUACCACGUUGUCCACGGAGAUUCCCAAGAGUCAAUCCUUCAGAACUUUGACAAGCUGCAUGCGUCUGCGUUGUUCUACUACAUGGCUGUGAGGGAGUUCGAGAUGUUGGGCCUGCGUCAGGAGAUCAUGAUCGAACAGGAGAUCCAAGAUACCCAUCUUGACCUCUACGAUUCCUUUUGCCACUCAUCUACCUUUCCUCCACACAAGCGUCAGCAGGUGAAGACCUUAGUCCUUGAUGGAAACCAGAAGCUGAAGAUGCAGUGUGAUAUGGCGCCAAUGAAGCGCGCAGGCCGUCCUAGGAAGUCUGAGCACACCACCGGGCACUACACCAAUGGCUGGAUGCUUGCGUGUGAUCCGAAGUCCGGCUACCGCAAGAAGCUGGAGAAGCGCAUUCACAAAGAGAACACUUCGAUCUGCGAACAGGUCUUCUCGUGGUUCCGCAACUUUUCCCCUAUCAUCAAUGAGAUGCGAGCCCACCGGCACAAAUUCUUCUUGUUGCUUCUAUCCAAGCGUCACAACGAGUCCAUUGAGGGUGGCAACAUUCGGUAUUUGCAUCCAACUCGCCUGCCAAACCUCUUCAAGAAUGCGAAGUCUGUCUCAUACCUAUGUGGCAAGAAGUCCAACACGAAGAAUGCAAUUGGCAAACCCUCGUCUGGCAACAAGAUGGUCAUGAAGGGCAAGUCCAUGAAGAGUAAGUCCAUGAAGUACAAGAAGUGA